UUGAGUUAAGUGAAGUUGCGAUUGUUCGAAGCGCACCGCCCAACAGCGCACAAUUAUUGUUGUAGUUAAUUGCUUAGCUAAGAAAUAUUCGAUUCUAUUAGCAUUCGAGCAAACAGACUCAUUGAACGACAACUACCCUGACAACAACGGAUAGAACUUGGGUGGAAAAAGACCGAAGUCUUAAUUAGUACUCAAACAUGCGGCUAUUAAAAACAUCGUAUCUACGCUCAUUGCUGCUGCUCUGUCUGCUCAACGCCACCGGCUCAACCCAUUUACAAGUUAUCCAGGAUAUGACAGUGGAUGAUCCGCUUCUCGAUACACUUCGCCGAAUUUACGAAGAGGAUCCCUUUGAUACACUUUUUCUAUUACAAACAGCGAACAAAACUUGUCUACCUAUUGACGAACUGUGGAAGCACUUAAAAAUACCGUUGAUACUCGUCUCGGGCUAUAAGGCAUCGGAAGGCAAGCUAAAGGACCAUUUCAACAGUAAAAUUCUCACAGUAAUCUGCUUGAAAGAACAGCUCAAUCUCAAGCUACUCAGCAUUAUGGCCGCCAACUUACAACACAGACGCCAGACUCGCAUUAUUUUACGCAUCGCAGUCGCAAAACCCUCGUCCGCGCUUCUAACUACGUUACGGAACUACUUGGAAGUUCAGUUUAUGUCGAAUGUGAUCGCGAUCUUCAAUGACUUCUACACAGAAUCACUGAUCUAUCGAUAUUACCCAUUUCCUAGUGGACGUUGGAUGCCCGAGCCAUUGAACCAAACGCAGAGCUACUUUCCUUGUCAUUACACUAAUCUCCAAGGAAAAACUUUCAUUACUCUGCCGGGACAAUCUGAGCCACGUACUAUGAUUUAUGAAGACGCCUUAGGUCAACAACAUUUGAGUGGCUACAUUGGCCGUUUGAUGAUCGCCUUUGCGGAAAAGUACAAUGUCACAUUCCAAUAUUUACAUCCGGUCACACCAGGUGACGGUCUACAUUUGAGCGUUCUAAGUGAUUAUGUCACGGAAGGUAUGAUGGACUUGGCAAUCACUGUGGCCUCAACAGCUUUUCAUGUGCAUAUCAACUAUUCUAUGAAGUCGUAUCCAGUGGAGUCAAAAGAAUGGUUUAUUGUAUUGCCAUGUCCGCAACCGGUUGAAUAUUCGAAAAUAUACUUGAUGGUCGUCACGACCCAAGCCAUCACAAUUUUAGCGGUUUUGGGUUUACUCUUCUCAAUUCUGGACAAUUUUAUAAAUCAUAAAUUCUACAAAAAGUCAAAUGACUUCAAUUUGGUAAAUGUAUUAGUUAAUGAAAAUAUCUUUCGUGGCGUUUUUGGUCUAUCUCUACUCAUACGGAAACGUCCAAUUCUUUCAAUGAAAAUACUUUACGUUUUUCUAUUUUUACUCGGCCUCUUCGUUAACAACCUGUAUCCAGCUUACUUCCAAUCGUUGCUCAUGAGCCCUCCACUGAAGCCGAGCAUUCUUACAUUCGAUGAUAUGCGACGCGCUAAUUUCAAAGUCAUGUUUGACCGCAAUGAAAUCGAAGUUGUCCAACAAACUAUGGGACCUGCUUUCAAUAAAACAUUCAAGGAUAUAUUACAACUAGAAGAUACCAAAACAUUUAAGCGUCAUCGUGGUGAGUAUGACACAACAUAUGGCUAUAGUAUGCCGGAAUCAAUUUGGCCUAUUUUCGAGUUACAACAACAAACAUUCGAGAGAAAAGUUUUCUGUUUGGCACCAACUUUAAAGAUUUCUGACCGUAUAUUGGUGAGCAUACCCAUGACUGAGAAUUCAUACCUAAUGGAGCCUUUGAACAAGAUGAUACUUCGAGUAAUCGAAACAGGUCUUUUGGAACAAUGGCGCACAAUGACUUUCAUGGAUAUGUUGGCAACUGGAAAAUUAUCGCUCAAGGACAAUAGUAGCAUCGAGCACUUUCACGAUAUUCGUGUGGAAGAUAUGACGUUGCCGUGGUACUUACUACUCUGUGGACUGGGCAUGAGCAGUGUUGUUUUUAUUGUGGAACGUUUUGUAUUGUAAGAGAGAAGUAAUUGAUGAAGGGGAACGUGAAAUGUGGAACGUGGAAAGAGUAAAUGCAGAUAUCAGAUUUGGUUUAAUGAGAUUUAGUUGUUUUUGGAAUUGAUUUUAAAUAUAAGAUAAAAAAUUUAUGUAUGUAUGUAUGAGAGAGAAUAAACGAAACUGCGGGGACAGCUUUUAUUAAAUUCGUAUGGGAGGUGUUGUUUUGCUCGGGCCUUAUACAACAAAAAAAGCUAUAAAAUCCAAAGGUGGUGAAAACCGGAAAGUCAAAAUUUGUUUGAAGAGAAAUUUGAAAAGGUCGAGCCAAGAAGCACCGAGAAACACUGGGCUAAAACGCCCAUUGCAUUUAAAGCUCUGGAAAGUAAAAGGGUAGAUAGUCAUAGAGGAAAGGAGAGACGUAACAGAAAAAAUUAUUGAGACAGAGACAGAAAGAAGCAGUUCUUUCAGAAUUUUCCAGAUUCUUAUUCUACUUAUGUAUGUAGAGCUGCCCGAACCUCUCUACUGCAGGAAAUCAAAAAUGUAAAUGUCGAAGAUUUCUAGAUUUCUCUGUUCAGCUUUGGUUAAAAUUUCAUAAAGCGGACAGAUACCUGUAAAAUUUAGAAAAAAAUUUUUUUUUCG